AUGGAGCUUUUCCAACGCGCCAAAGCAGUUCGCCUCCGAAGCCACCACGACAAAUACCUUCACGCCGAAGAAGACGAAGAAUCCAUCAACCAAGAACGCAACGGCUCAUCCAAAAACGCUAAAUGGACAGUCGAACACAUCCCCGAAUUCGACAACAUCAUCCGUCUCAAAAGCUGUUACGGCAAAUACUUAACAGCCUCCAAUCAGCCGCUACUCCUCGGCGUUACCGGCCGGAAAGUUGUUCAAACACUGCCGCGGAGACUCGAUUCGUCUGUCGAAUGGGAGCCUGUUAGAGAUGGUGCGCAGGUUAAGCUGAAAACGAGAUAUGGUAAUUUUCUGAGAGCUAAUGGUGGGUUACCUCCUUGGAGAAAUUCUGUUACGCAUGAUAUUCCUCAUAGGAGUGCUACGCAGGAUUGGAUUCUUUGGGAUGUUGAUGUUCUUGAGAUUCAUGUUGGGAAUCCUCCUCCUCCUCCCAUUCCUCAUUCCGAUUCUCUUGACUUUGGAUCUUCGGCUCUUUCCUUCAAAUCUAAUCGGUUUGAUAGACAAGAGUCAACAGAUAGCGUUGGUUCACCGCCAAAGAUGGAGGGGAGAACGAUAUACUACCAUGUCGCUGAGGAAAAUGGAGACGUGGAUGAUGAGAACGUGCAAGGCUAUUCCUUAGUCUUCAAUGGGAAUGAUGUUGAGCAGUUGACUCGUAAGUUUGUGGAAGAAACGGGACUUGAUGGAGUUAUUGUGUGUAGCCGAAGUCCUUUGAAUGGGAAACUUUACCCUCUUCGCUUGCAUCUUCCUCCAAACAAUGUUACCAUGCAAGUUGUUUUGGUCCUUGCCUCCUCGAAAGUUGCAAAAGAAUUUGAAGAACAAGGUUUAUUAUGA